UAACCAUCUUUGUUGCUCUUACGGAGUUGGCCGCGACCCUGCCCUGCCGAAUGCUCCGAGAGAGAUCAAGUCAAUUGUCCAAAACGAGAAGAGCUAAACUUUCUGGAACUAAAAUUUUCGGACAUCCGUCUUGGCUGCGCUCUCGAGGCCUGACAUCGUUCCCCAAGACUUCGAGAAACGAACUAUAUUCGUGAUCGAAUUCUCGGCUCCGGCCGACUACAACAUCACUGCUAAGGAGAAGGAUAAAGAGGAGAGUUAUCAAGACAUCAAAAGCGAGCUGCAAUGACUGUACCCAAAAUAUUCGGUUAAAGCAGAAAAUAUGGAGGAUGUGGACGAAUUGGGAACGACAGUGGAGCUUUACGUCUACGACCUAACGAAAGGAGCAGCAGCGCUGAUGUCUCAGCUUUUAAUAGGUCGUCAUCUUGAUGGAAUAUGGCACACAGCAGUAGUUGCAUAUGGCCGAGAAUAUUUCUUUGGACCAAGCGGAAUUCAAAGCGUAAGACCUGCAAGUACUGAACUACGUGAGCCCCAAAAAAUAGAAAAAAUUGGUGAAACUUAUCUACCAUAUUCAGUCUUUUUGGAAUACAUCAACGGACUUGGCACAUCAAAUUUUGCACCUGGCACUUAUCAUAUAUUUAAUCAUAACUGCAACUCUUUCACGGAUGAAGUAAGCAGUUUCCUCGUUGGCACUGGUAUUCCUAAGUACAUUCUAGAUCUUCCCGAAGCGAUCUUACAAACACCUGUUGGCCAAGCUUUGGGUCCUUUAAUAAGUGCUCUAAGCAACGGUGCAAGUGCCGGUUUCACAGUUGGUCAUAGAUUUGUUGAAGCAAGGAUUCAAAGAGAAGAAUCGCCCGAAUACCAACUACUGAACACAGCUAUCGAGGAAGCCAGGCUAAACUCAAUUGCCUUAGAAGAAAAGAGGAACGUGAUAAACGAAAAACUAGCGAAAAAGGAGCGAAAGAAGAAAAAGAAGAAGAAGGAAAAGAGGGAAAAGGGAAACAAGGAAAGUGGAAGUGAAAGCAAUAGCACAGGGCCGAGCAAUUGCUGCACAAGCAUGGCAGAUAGCGAAGCAGGUGGUGCAAUGAGUGAGGUACAACCUCGAAGCGAAGGUGUGUGUAGCGAUGUGAGAUCAGAGAUGCUACCUUCGGACAGAGUUUUGCAAAUGGAAGAGGAAGAGAAACGAGAACAAGACGAAAUCAAGAAACACCGUGAUCCACCAAUUGUAUUCAAAGAUCUCGUAAAUCUCACAGAAGAAUUUGAAACGUUGGGUAAACUUUUGGAGGGAAAAUUGAACGAUAAUGAACGGACAAACCUCGAUGAAUUAUACCAAUAUGUCGUGGAGAACGAAGGUUCUUGGGCAUUGGGUGAUAAUUUCCUAAACUUUGUUGGACGAAUCAUUUACGACAAAUCUUUGGAGCCUGCUGCGAGAACCGUACUCCUCAAAAUCCUUUCCGUUGCUGCUUUAAAGGACGAUGUGAUUCUACUUUUGCAUCAGGACAGAAGAGAUCACACUAUCAUGAAUUACGCUUACGAUAUCGACCGUCAUUCGCCAGAAGAACAGUUACCACUCGCACAAUUCCUAGCAAACAUGUUCGAAAAUCUCAGUAGUUCGGAAUGGCUGCUUUACAUAUCUGAAUGGCAACACCAGAACCAAAAUAUCAGCAACAUUAGGGUAACAACUAAAGUAGCGGUGCAUUCGCUGCUCUCUGAAUCGCCGGAAUUGCAAGCGAGGGGAGCUGCCAUAAUUCACAAUUUGGCCUGCAAGGAGAAAAUGCACAAAAACAAAAUACUACGGCAACUUUUACCAAAAGGCAGCAUUUCUAAGGUUUUCGAUGAUGUCGCCGUGGAAUUGACGAUGGCUCUUCUUCAAUUUUUCAAUGGGAACCCUAAUGAAGAGCAACUUUUUGCCUGCAUGAAAGCUCUCGCUCGUUUCACGCAAAUCAGCGGACAGGAAGUACCACAAUUGAUACAGAUGAUUGGCCCUGAACCUAAUAAGUUUCGUGGAACGUCCCAGAGGGUUGACCAACUUAUCGAUCAGAUCAACAAAAAAUUGCGUUAAAUUUGGCCUGCCGGAUAAGGUCAAGUUUGUUUUGAUCAUUAAACAUUUUUUAUAUUAGUAUUUAUUAACAACGAUUAUUAUUUUUAAUAUUGUCUUUAUCUGCGUCCUUUUUAUUUUUCAUUUUAUAUUUAUACAUAAUUUCGGUAGAAAAUCCGAUACCUAAUUAUUAAUAUUUUCAUGUAUUCUUUUCUAAAAGAGAAAUAUGGACUAGGUUUGGUGCACCUUGCAUUCGUUCCAUAGUAAGUUCUUUCACGUAAUUCUUACUUUAGAAGCUUCCUUAGCUUCUAACUUUGGGGUAAUAAAUUAACUGGUUGCUCAAUCAGUGCAAUUUUUUCUUAUUUUUGUCUCGUUCAGAGUUUGUACAAAGUACUUCGUGUAUGUAUUAAUCGUAUACAUUUGUAAUUAGCAUCAAUGUGAAAAGGCCUUCAAAUUUAAUUUAGGAAAUAUGUAAGUCUAAUAAAGUUUAAGCUGUAUAAAUACAGAUAAAUCAUGCAAUAAAUCUAUUGACAAUAAAUAU